AUGAAGACUCUAGCUUUUCUGUUAAUGGCCCUGAUGUUCGCUGGAAAGGCCGAGGCUCAGCCGUCUUGUCCGCCGCCCUGCUGGGGUCCCUGUAGCCGUAAGUAUGGACUCUUCCUAAAUAAAGUACCCUGGCAACAGGAGGUUACGUCGCUUCUACCAAACCGACGGACAAGGCCAAUAAAAAUUCAGAUGUUUUUCAAAAGGACAAAUCUAUGUUCACACCAUGCCAGCGACUGAAAAACAAAACAAAAACAAAAGACUUUGUACUUAGUGACAGACCAUUUAUCACGAGGCACGACGCACUGAGUGGCCUAGCGGUAAGAAGAAUAUGAUACUUCGAGUAUUAAAAUAUGUAUCCGAAAUUAAAACUCCGGAAAAAUCUUGCAAGGCCUGUUUUUAAGAAAUAAAUAAUACAGGUUGGACAGUAAGGACUUGUUGAACUGACGAUAAUCUUGUUGAUUAUAAAUUGACUGACAAUCGCAGAUCACUCGAACUGUUAAUUGCUCGAACUAUGCACCGUACAACUCAAUCAAUAUAUUGGCUUAUUUUAAACACUUAAUUUGUAGUAUUUUUUUCCUUAUACUACUACAUCAGAAAUUUCUGCAAUUUGAUUGGCUUAGCCGGAGCAGUGGUAUUUCAGCUUAAUUUGAAACACCUACAUGUGAAAAUUACAAACCGUUUGCGGGCAGUAGUAUUAACAAAUAAUAGUAUAAUUUGUAAGACGUGAUAUUUGGCAUAAAUACCACACGUGAUAUUUCAAAAUUGUGUCAAAUUUCACUCGCCUAACGACUCGUAAAUUUAGGUAUAACAAUCUCGAAAUAUCACUCGUGGUAUUUAUGCCAAAUAUCACUACAAAUCAUGCUAUUACCCAUACAAAGCCACAGCUAUUUGCUUAAAAAAACUGCAGUCAAGUAUUUGAAAGAAUACUGACUUUAGUGUUAGUUCGUAACUUUUGCUCACUUUUUAAAACAACAUCAAUAUCAUAUCAUAUUUUAUUGUUAGUAGGUUCUUACCUUCUGGAAAAGUUGCGACUAGCUAGCUAAAAAAUUUUACAAAACGAGUUUGGUGUUACUGAUUUUGUUUGAAAUGAAGGUAAAUAAUCUGAAUUAUUGACUUUUUCAUCCUUUUAUGCAACCGAAAAAUUAUAGAGCAAAUAUCGCCACGGACAGGGUGGAUUGCCUAAUACCAGUCCUCUGAUUUGCUACCAUGUGACUCAAAAAGCCACUAAAAUCGCAGAAAAAUUAAUUGGUGGUUUAUAAUGCAUAUUAUUCUUUCAGAGACUCUGAGAAAGGUGAAAAUCUUGUUAGACGAAGUGAAUGAGCUAAAACAAAUCGUAGGUGAGUGACUAUCUGCAAACGCGUAUCCGGAUACCAAAUUAAGCCAAAUACAAGCCUAUCAAACCUUUGUUACUCUCUAGCUUCUAUGUUUCUUGUACAGUCAAAGAGCCCCUCACGGACACCCGCUUAUUGCCAUUAUUACGGACUCUUCUAAGGCUCCCGCAGUGUCCGUAUUAACAGAGUUUGACUGUACUUCCACCCGAAAUCAUUUGGAGUAACGUGUUUUAAGCGGUACUGCUUGGCUUGGGCCUGAGAACGUAACGCCUUACAGGGAUCUCAUAUCUGACUAGAAUAUGGUCACAUGGUACAAAAGACACCUUGCUGGAUGGCAAACAAUUGCAACGCAUUGGGUCCUUGAAAAGAAAGGAUAUUAGCUUCUAAGAUGAUGCCGUAACCUCUUUGUUUUCAGUCUUGCCCUCUUUUGACAUCUACCCGGGCAUCUAGCACGAUGCAUUUGUACCGUGUGAUCGUAUUCAGCAAAGGACCCAUCAAAUUAAAGAAAACUUCGCAUUAUCUCGUAAGGAACAGAUUCUUAUAAAACGUACCAACUACUAUUCCUGUGUUGAAUAUAAAUGGUGGAAUUGUCCAUUUUGAGAAAUCAAGCUUUUAAGGUGACUUGACAUUCGAAUUCAUCUCAUCAAAUUUUCAACGCGAAAUGCCGAGUAACAAUAUUUCAAACCACGGUGAAUUGAGAAGCUUUGAGUUCAAGUUCCAGUUCAUUUAUACACAGUUAUUCAAUUACAAUACAACAACAAUAAGAAAAAAAAAAGAAGAAGUAGAAACAGAGCUAACUGUACAUUGAAUUAAACAUAACAAAGGAAAAAAGUGUGUAGCAGCCAAAGGAGCCAAGCUUUUGAGUCGGGCUACUACCACAGAGCGGUUACAAGUGGGUGGAGAUUAUACAGUACUUAUAAAAAAAUAGUUAUAGAGCUCUGGCUAAAUUAAUCAUAUUGAAAAGGAAGGGUAUAUAAAUUUAUUUGAUAACUAUUUAAAUUAAAUAAUUAAAUAAUUAGAGCUAAAUAACAGAUUAAAGUUGUUCAAGAUAGCUGACUGCCAAGUAGAAAGAGUUUAUAUUCUUUUUUAAAACAGUUCAAAGCCAGACACUUAAUUUUCAUAGGUGUUGCUUCCCAGGUCUGUGAUGCAACUACGCUAAACCUUGCUAGGCCAUAUUAAUUAGUUCUGGAAAACGGUCUGCGCAGGUUUUGAUUAGUGGCAUACCUAGUAUUAUGAUUAUGGACAACAGAAGCCGCUUGAGCUAAGUCAGACAGGGCAGGAGGUGUAUUCUUUUAUUGUUUAAUAAAAAAUAGAGAAUUUUAUUCUAAAAACUUUGACGGUUGAUUUGAUCUCUUUUUGUGUCAAAAGCCGUGAAUCAAACGUUCGUCAAACUCAAUACGGACCCAGUGUGUUUCGGGACAAAAGAUGACGCCUAUGGUGAAUUUCAGGCUUUGAAAGGUGGCAAACUAAGGAAGGUCAAGUUGGUUCAUCUGUAUGGAUACGUUUCCUGUGCUAAAUCCUCUCCCACAUAUUGGUCACAUUGGGGUUGUGGCCUUCUCAAAGAAGCCGACAGUGGCAGUACGGAUUUCAUUAUUGUGGCCUUGACAGACGAAAGCAAUAAGAUUCUUUUCCCGCCUAAAAAGUUGGGUAAAGGCGCCCACGGUUGGGUUUUGGUUCCUGGUUACAAUUCUUAUUCGCCUGAGCUUGUUAUGUCGAUUUACGACGCUCCUGUGUCGGUUACCACUGGUCAGAAGCUGCGCCUGUGGUACAUCGAGGAUUUGGAGAAAUCCAGUGAUUACAAUAACCGUGGAAAAGUAUGCGCCGACAUUUACGGUGAAUUCAUGUGA